AUGGGUUCAGUGAACCAUCUGAAUUUGCUGCGUGAGGAGCACCUUGAGCUACUUAAUAAGUAUGGAGAUCUCCAACAGAAAUACGCUGCUCUCCAGAGCAAAGUUGAUCCGGAUCAAGUCCCGGAUAGCUCCACUUUGGCUGGACAACUGUGUGCUACGAUGAAGAAACCUGUACGAGAACCAUGCAUUCAGGAAUCAGUCGUUCUGAUUUUUGAUAUCGUCAUCCGUGUAGGUGGUCGUGAGCUCAAAUGUCACAAGUUUCUGCUAGUAGCUAGAAGCAAUCACUGGAACGAUCUCGAAUCUACGGACUUCAUUGAAAUUCCAGGUAAUAGUCAAUGCGUUCUUUUCAUUUUCGUUCAAUCCUGUUCGUUUGCAGACACCUCUUUCAAGGCCUUUGAGGUUGUUUACCGAUGGAUGUAUACAGAUAGCCUUCCACGUUCACAGCUCGACAUUGACCUUCUACAGGAAGUGUGUCAAAUUGCAUUCCGAUUUCAUUUUAGCAGCCUUCAAACAAGGUGUGUUCAGUUGCUGAAAAUUCGUGUGGAUGUGAAAAAUUGCAUUUCAUUGUUCGAUUUUGCCGAUAUAGAAGGUGUUGUGGAAUUGCGCGAUUAUUGCUGUGCUAUAAUUGCUGCUCAUUGGAGUGAGUUCAAGCCACAGCAGUUCUCGCAUUUGUCAGCACCUUCCCUAUUUCGUCUACUGAAGAGGAAUUCGCCUCACGUUCUUCAUUCUAUCGUCCAGCUCAAUCGUGAAGACGUUCUUCUCUUAUACUUCAUCGAAAAUGAUUCCAAGAUCCACACCGUCGUUAAUGCUGCUGACGAGAAGGGAUUAUGCGCACUGGAGUUAGCUCUGACUUUGGGCCACCAUGAUAUUGCGUCCCAACUUCUAAAGAAAAAUGCAGACUGCAAUUUUACUGAUGAGUCAGGCCGAUCUGUACUGAUGCGGAUGAUAGAGAAAGGCAGGUUUGUUUUCAUUCUUCUUCAUUAU